AUUCACCAUCGAAAAUAUUGGUCGUCAAUCCAAAUUGCAAGCGCAUACUAUAUCAUAAGUUCAUUAUAAAUCAAGUAACGGCGUCCGAUGCUCAUUCAGGGGUAAUGAAAAAGAGCAUAAUUAAUUAGAUCACUUCACUUUGCCGUAUGGUUAUAAGUUCACGACAUUUCACAUUUCUGUGAAUCUGUCUCACCAGAUUCUUACCUACCGACUAGGUGCCUACCUACACUCAUAAGUGCAUUCGCAUUGCCGUGUCACUAUACAAUGGGAACACAAGAGAUUAUAGAUAUGAGCGCUGUGCUGCCCGUUCUACUACGAAGCUUAGGUGUUCUAUCCAUCGUGGUUCUGGUUCGGUUCUUCUAUAGAGGAUAUGUUGAACGAAGUCGAGUGAGAUCUUUGAUGGCCCUAGGAAUACCGGUGUUGCCACAUUCCCUGUUAUUCGGGCAUCUCCCAGUCUUCCUUGAGUUUCGUGACGCUAACCCUCCGGAUAUUAACAUAUACUGGUUUCAUACCUGGCUGAUCGCAAAUGCCGAGAAAUACUUUCCGGGUCAUGAUAAACCACCACCAGUUGUCUAUCUUGACCUCUGGCCCAUGACUGGAUCUAUGGCUGCAGUGUUUGAUCCCAUCGCUGCGUCCCAAUUUACGCAGGUCAAGAGUCUUCCCAAGGAUCAAAUUAUGACCGACUUCAUGAUGCCACUCACCGGGAACAUGGAUAUUGUUUCUUCCGACGGACAGCUUUGGAAAACAUGGCGCGCGAGAUUCAACCCUGGGUUUAGCGCACGGAACUUGACCGCUUUGCUCCCAGAAAUCAUCGAAGAAAGCCUCGUGUUCGUGAACGGUCUCAAGGACUUAGCAGGCAAGGACGAAAACUGGGGUCCAGUUUUCCAGUUCGAAGACAAGACGACCAACCUUACGUUAGAUGUUAUUGUUAGAGCGUCGACAGAUUUGCGGUUACACGAACAGUCACGCAAGUCAAACAGCCCCCUGAAGACUGCUCUGUUGGAACAGAUCAAGAUGAUGGGUAUGGUGACCAAUGCUGCAAGAGGGCUUCCCGCCAUGAGGAUGCCUUGGCAUCGCGCGGCUAUAAAUCGUAACAACCGCGAUAUCCGCAAUGUUUUGCUUCCACAGAUAGAGAGCAAAAUACGAUCUGACAGCUCUACUAGCGUACAGAGAAAAACCGUCGUGGACCUUGCCGUGAAGUAUGUCGAAAAGGACGACUCCGGCGCGUCGAAGGAAAAGCUUGAUGACGUGUUCAUCGAUAGACUGAUAGCAAACCUGAAGGCCUUCAUGUUCGCAGGCCACGAUACGACUUCAUCAACCAUCUGUUUCAUGAUAAAAUUGCUGCAGGAUGACCCUGAUGCGUUAGCGAAAGUCCGAGCUGAGCAUGAUUCCGUGUUCGGGCCAGACCCGGAGAAGGCAGCGGAGAUACUUACCACAUCGCCUCACCUUUUAUACUCCCUGCCGUACACUGUAGGUGUCAUUAAAGAGACGUUGCGAUUAUAUCCUCUUGCAGCGACAGUCCGCGAUAGCAAAGCCGCUCCUGGGUUCGCCCUCACUGUGCCAGGUUCUCCAACAAGGUAUCCUAUGGAAGGUUUUGGGCCGUGGCUCGCAGUCACCGCCCUCCACCGCAACGCCGAUUACUGGCCACGGCCGAACGAAUUCUUGCCUGAGCGAUGGCUAGCUGUCGAAGGUGACCCGCUCUAUAUCGCUACCAAGGAAGCCUGGGCGCCGUUCUCCCUGGGCCCGAGAAAUUGCAUUGGUAUGGAGUUAGCGAUGAUUGAACUUAGGCUAGUAUCUGUUCUGGUGGCGCGGACUUUCGAUAUCGAAGAAGCGUGGACGGAAUGGGAUAAGAAGCAGGGCUCCAAAGCUACACCUACUCAUAUUGUGAACGGUGAACGCCUUUACGGCGUCGGGAACGGUACGGUACAUCCUAAGGACGGCAUGCCGGUACACGUGAGAUUGAGAUCUCAUAAGCCGGCCCCCUGAAGGUAGGUACCGAUAGAUACUCUAAGUAGGAAAUGGAUCUGAUGCCUGCCAUCUCGCAUUCCUUCGACUACCGAUUAGUACAAUAUUUGAAUAUUCUUAAACUAAAAUAGAACGUAUCGAUA